AUGUCUGCUUUUCAGCUUGUGAUUUAUCAAGUGGGUCUUAUUCCGAGUCAGUUCUACGAGGUUCUGUCUGAGAAGAACUAUGGGAAGUUGAAAAAUCUGGUGCUGUUUGCGGUUAUGCUUAUUCUGAUUAAUUCAACGCUGAAGAGUCUGGACCAGUACAUCUCCAGUCUGCUGUAUGUCAGCUGGAGAAAGUCUUUGACCGAAGAACUCCAUAGCACAUACUUCAAUGGACACGUUUACUACACCCUCAACGUACUGUGCAAAGACAUCGACAACCCAGACCAGCGCAUCAGUCAGGACGUAGAGAGGUUAUGUAAACAGAUGAGCACUAUGGCGAGUCGACUUCUCAUUUCGCCGUUCACUGUGACCUACUACACCUAUCAGUGCUUCAACAGUGCCGGCUGGAUUGGAUUUGUAAGCAUCUUUGGCUACUUUGUGGUUGGAAGCAUCAUCAACAAGAUCUUGAUAGGACCCAUCGUGUCCAUGCUGGUUGAGCAAGAAAAGUUGGAGGGAGAUUUUAGGUUUAAACACAUGCAAAUUAGAGUGAACGCCGAAUCUGCCGCUUUCUACAGGGCAGGUAAGGUGGAACACAUGCGGACCGACAGAAGGCUGCAGAUGCUCUUAUCCACUCAGAGAAGCUUGAUGAACAAAGAGCUAUGGCUUUACAUUGGAGUAAACACCUUUGACUACCUGGGCAGUAUCCUCAGCUAUAUAUUGAUCGCGAUCCCCAUCUUUGCUGGAGAUUACGACGGCCUGACACCUGGAGAACUGAGUGCUCUUGUCAGUAAGAACGCUUUCGUCUGCAUCUAUCUGAUAAACUGCUUCACGCAGCUCAUAGAUCUCUCAACCACAGUGUCUGAUGUCGCUGGAUACACGCACCGGAUUGGAGAACUGCGGGAAGUGAUGGCAUACAUUGCCAAGAAACAGUGUGUCCAGGAUCCACUUUCAAAGGAUGAACCUUACAGAAUUCUUCUUUUAGGGUCUAUAGAUGAUGAACGAAUACUAAAGUACCUGGAACUUGUUGGUUUGUCGAAUCUUCUGACCAGAAUAGGAGGACUGGAUACAAAAGUAGACUGGAGCUGGUAUGAUGUUUUAUCGCCAGGAGAAAUGCAGAGGCUUUGUUUUGCUAGGCUGUUUUACCUGCAGCCCAAAUAUGCAGUACUGGAUGAGGCCACUAGUGCUCUGACGGAGGAGGCCGAGGGUCAGCUCUAUAAGGCCUGUAAACAGCUGGGAAUCAGUCUCAUCAGUCUGGGUCACCGUAGCACUCUGAAAAAGCAUCAUGAUAUCAUGCUGCGACUGUGCGGAGGUGGCCAAUGGGAGCUCACCAAACUUAAAGAGGCGUGAACCUUCAAACUUCAAACCCACUAUAAUGAGAACAUAUCGGUCCGUUUUGUAGUUAUGGGUGCAUUAAGUCUUGAGACUCUGGAGAUAUCUUGUUUACUUGACCGUAUACUGCGAUUUACUGAAGUUCUUGAUACACUAAUUAAGCAGUAUGAGUCUUUUUGAUACUGUUUGUCUCAACAUACUUUUCAUAUUGCAAUAUAUGCCUUUUUUAUUAUGCAAGUAUAUGCUGCUUCAUUCAACCUUUAUUGGUUGUUUGCACAAAAAAGUGAUUUUUAUA